AGCCGCAGCCGUAGCAUGGCGGAAAGUUGACGGGCCGUAGAGGGUCUGUGCUCAUACUGGGCACCCGAUCGAUCUGCGCGAUCCUACAGGGAACAUAUAACUACAGAGAAAGAAGGCAAGAUGUCUCGCUGGAUCCCGACCAAGAAGAUGAAGUGCGGCGUGGCAAUCUACAAUUAUGAUGCCAUGCAAGAGCAUGAACUGUCAUUGCAAGUUGGGGACACUGUUCAGAUAAUGGAGGUGUUUGAAGGUUGGUACCGAGGUUACUUGCUGCAAAACAAAGCUCGACUGGGCAUUUUCCCUGCAUCGUACAUCCACUUGAAAGAAGUCCAAGUUGAAGGGAAAGGGCACCGGGACACUGUAAUCCCAUCUGAUCCACUGGUCCAGGAGCUCAGUGCUACCUUGAGGGAAUGGGCACAGAUCUGGCUCAAGCUUUAUGUGAACAACCAGACAACACUUUUUCGACACUUACAGCAGAUGACUUACAGCCUUAUUGAAUACCGGUCACAAAUUGUGUCGGGAACGCUGCCUAAAGAUGACCUUGUAGAACUCAAGAAGAAGGUCACAGCUAAGAUUGAUUAUGGCAACAGGAUACUAGGACUGGACUUGGUUGUACGAGAUGAAAAUGGAAACACCUUGGAUGCUGAGUCAACCAGCACGAUACGACUUUUCCGUGCCCAUGAGCUGGCUUCUCAUGAAAUUGAAGAACGUAUCCGGGAGGAAAAGUCUCGACUUCACAACAUUGAGCUGAAUCGGCAGUCUCUCUUUAGCACUGUGCAUACAUAUAGUCUCUAUCUGAACCUCAAAAAUUUUGUGUGCAACAUUGGGGAAGAUGCUGAACUCCUGAUGUCCCUGUAUGACCCUGACCAGUCUGACUUCAUCAGUGAAAAUUACCUGGUACGUUGGGGAAGCACUGGGAUGCCAAAGGAAAUAGAAAAACUCAACAACCUUCAAGCGAUAUUUACGGACUUAGGCAGCAGUGACCUCAUUCGGCCCCGUGUCUUUUUAGUAUGUCAGAUCAUUCGUGUGGGCUGUAUGGAGUUAAAGGAGGGGAAAAAGCAUACUGGAGGUCUGCGGAGGCCAUUUGGAGUGGCUGUGAUGGACAUUACUGACAUUGCCCACGGUAAGGUUGAUGAUGAAGAGAAGCAGCAUUUUAUUCCUUUUCAACAGAUUGCAAUGGAGACGUACAUCAGACAACGACAACUAAUAAUGUCACCGCUUAUCCCAUCAAGGGUCAUUGGAGAGAAUGAGCCCUUCAUCUCAGUCUUCAACAAGGUCAUCGCUGCCCGUGAGGUGAAUCAUAAGGGACAAGGACUUUGGGUCACUUUGAAAUUACUACCUGGUGACUUGUCCCAGGUACAGAAGGACUUUCCUCACCUGGUAAACCGCUCCACCGCUGUUGUAAGAAAGAUGGGCUUUCCAGAAAUAAUUCUACCCGGCAAUGUACGGAACGAUAUCUAUGUGACUUUGAUCCAGGGUGAGUUUGACAAGGGCAAGAAGAAGACCCCCAAAAAUGUUGAAGUGAUGAUGUGCGUUCUGGACGAAGAAGGAAAUCCAGUUCAGAAAGCAAUUUUCCCAGGUGCAGGGUGUGAGGGUGUCACAGAGUACAAGUCUGUAAUUUACUACCAGGUGAAGCAGCCAUGUUGGAAUGAAACUGUUAAGGUUGCCAUUCCUAUUGAAGAUGUCUGCCGCUGCCAUUUGCGCUUCACCUUUCGUCAUCGCUCUUCUCAGGAUUCCAGGGACAAGUCAGAGAAACCAUUUGGCAUGGCAUUUGUGAAACUUAUGAAAGAGGAUGAAACUACCCUGCGAGAUGGGAAACAUGACCUUCUUGUAUACAAGGGAGAUGUGAAGAAAGCAGAAGAUGCUAAGUCAUACCUCUGUCUAGCAGGCACCAGAGUGGAUCAGGAUGAGAGAGAGCGGCAAACUGGAAAACCCUUUCAUCAUUCUAGCAACCUUCCUGUUAUUAAGGACAGCUUUCAGAUUGGGACACUCAUUUGUUCAACCAAGCUAACUCAAAAUGUGGAUCUACUGGGCUUACUGAACUGGAGAUCAAAUCCCCAAAAUUUGGAGCAGACCCUACAGCGCCUUAUGGAGGUGGAUGGGGGAGAAAUAGUUAAGUUUCUCCAGGACACACUGGAUGCACUUUUCAGCAUCAUGAUGAUGACUUCCGAAAAGGACACCUAUGACAGCCUCGUGUUUGAUGCUCUGGUGUUCAUCAUUACUUUAAUUGGAGAUAUAAAGUUUCAGCAUUUCAAUCCAGUCUUGGAAACGUACAUAAACAAGCACUUCAGUGCCACCUUGGCAUAUACAAAACUUACCAAAGUGUUGAAUGACUAUGUGGAGAAUGCAGAUGACCCCAUCAAAAGUAGCCUUCUUUUCUCUGCCCUGAAGGCUCUCAAGUACCUCUUCCGUUUCAUAGUUCAAUCUCGUAUACUUUAUUUAAGGUUUUAUGGAAAUAAUGAGGAUGGGGAUGAUUUUAAUAACUCCAUUAGAAAGCUUUUCUUUUCUUUUAACAUCUUGAUGGACCGACCACUUGAAGAAGCAGUAAGAAUUAAGGGUGCAACUCUGAAGUAUCUGCCAAUUAUUGUGAAUGAUAUCAUGUGUGUUUUUGACCCCAUUGAGCUCAGUGUACUGCUGACUAAAUUUAUUGAGAGCAUCCCAGAUUUCCAGCUGGUGCGCCAGAAGCUCUGCUGCAUGUGCAAGAUUGUAGAAAGUGACAUCUUUCUGCAGCCAGAGUGUCGUGAGGUGCUCCUUCCUCUAAUGACUGACCAAUUAAGUGGUCAGUUGGAUGACCAUUCCCAUAAACCAGAAUACGAAGAGUGUAUUCAGCUGCUCAGUGGCAUCCUGGAAGUGCUGGACCGUCAAGAUGUGGGUCCAACCAGUUCCCACGUUCAACUGAUAAUGGAACGUCUUCUCCGCAGAGUGAACCGAACAGUCAUUAGUAUGAGUCGCAACUCCCCUCUAAUUGGACACUACUUAGCCGCAAUGACAGCUAUUUUAAAGCAGAUGGACGACCUACACUACAGCCACUACAUUAGCACUUUUAAAACCCGCCAGGACAUCAUUGACUUCUUAAUGGAGACAUUCAUUAUGUUCAAGGACCUUAUAGGAAAGAAUGUCUUCCCAAAUGACUGGAUGAUCAUGAAUUUGCUUCAGAUAAGAGUUUUCCUGAGGGCAAUCAAUCAGUAUUCAGAAGUCCUUAACAAGUACUUUCUGGACCAGGCCAACUUUGAGUUGCAACUUUGGAAUAACUACUUCCACCUCACAGUGGCAUUCCUUACCCAUAAAUCCUUACAGUUGGAAAACUUCUCCCAGGCAAAGCGCAACAAAAUCAUCAGCAAAUAUGGAGACAUGAGAAAAGAGAUUGGCUUCAAGAUCCGGGAUAUGUGGUACAAUUUAGGUCCCCACAAGAUGAAAUUCAUUCCAUCAAUGGUAGGCUCCAUCCUUGAGGUGACUCUAAUUCCUGAGCCUGAUUUGAGAAAGGCAACCAUCCCAAUCUUCUUUGACAUGAUGCAAUGCGAACAUAAUUUCUCAACAGAUCAUACCUUCCAUACGUUUGAGAAUGAACUUAUUACAAAAUUGGAUCAAGAAGUAGAGGGUGGCCGUGGGGAUGAGCAAUACAAGAUCCUUUUGGAGAAGAUAUUGUUGGAACACUGCCGGAAACAUCGAUAUCUAUCCACUUCUGGAGAAGCCUUCAUUCUUCUUCUCACCAGCUUACUGGAGAACCUGCUGGCUUAUCGAACCAUCACUCAUGACGAAAGCCCAGAGCACCGCAUGAGCUGCACUGUUAACGUGUUGAACUUUUACAAAGAGAAGAAGAGAGAAGAUAUUUAUAUACGGUAUCUCUAUAAGUUGAGGGACUUGCAUCUCGACUGUGAAAACUUCACAGAGGCAGCUUAUACUCUGCUGCUACAUGCUGAACUCUUGGAGUGGUUAAACAAGCCUUGUGCCCCUCACCUAAUUCCACGAGAUGGUGCACAGAACUGGACGCAACAGGAACUGAAGGAAAAGCUUUUUCAUGAUAUCAUUGAUUUCUUUGACAGAGGAAAGAUGUGGGAAAAGGCAAUUGAGCUGAGUAAGGAGCUGGCAAGGAUGUACGAAGAUGAGAUUUUUGAUUUUGGUGGAUUAAGUCAUUUGUUGAAGCAACAGGCCAAAUUCUAUCAGAAUAUUAUGCAUGCCAUGAGGCCGCAGCCAGAGUAUUUUGCCGUUGGAUAUUAUGGACUAGGUUGCCCUUCAUUCUUGAGGAAUAAAAUAUUUAUCUACCGUGGAAAGGAGUAUGAGCGACUGGAAGAUUUCAGUCUUAAAGUGCUUACUCAAUUUCCAAAUGCAUCACGAAUGACCAGCACAGCACCACCUAGUGAAGAUGUGCGAAACUCGUCAGGACAACACAUUCAAUGCUUCACAGUGAAACCAGUCCUCAACUUGCCUCUGUUCUACAAGGAUAAACCUGUUCCAGAACAGAUACUCAACUAUUACAGAGCCAAUGAGGUGCGACAAUUCCAGUACUCUCGACCUUUUAGGAAAGGAGCAAAGGAUCCAGACAAUGAGUUUGCUAGCAUGUGGAUUGAAAGAACAACCUACUUGACUGUCUACAAACUUCCAGGCAUCCUGAAGUGGUUUGAAGUGAAAUCUUUCUCUACUGAGGAAAUUAGUCCGCUGGAGAAUGCUAUUGAGGCUAUGGAGCAGACCAAUGAAAAACUAAGCAACUUAGUUCAGCAGCAAGCUUGUGAUCGCACAUUGCCUGUCCAUCCACUUUCAAUGCUGCUCAAUGGAAUUGUGGACCCUGCUGUUAUGGGGGGCUUCUCCAAUUAUGAGAAGGCUUUUUUUACUGAGAAGUAUACUGAGGAACAUCCUGAUGACCAGGACAGAAUUGGCGUCCUGAAACACCUCAUUGCCAUGCAGGUUCCAUUGCUGACUGAAGGCAUCCGAAUUCAUGGAGAGAAGGCCACAGAACAGCUACGUCCUCUACACAACCGACUGGUUACCUGUUUCCAGGACCUGAAACAGAAAGUGGAGAAAUUAUAUGGAGUCAUCACAUUACCUUCUUCCUUAACUGAGCGCAAGAAGAGUCGGGCUGGUUCUUUGGUGAUGCCUUACAUUAUGUCUUCAACACUGCGACGGCUUUCUAGUGUCUCCAUUGCCUCAUCAGGGGUGUCUAGCUGCUCGGUCUCUUCAGACAGUACUUCUUCCAGACCCAGCUCCGAUGAUUCUCUACUGGGUACAGUAAAUGAACAAAGAAAUUCUGUUAUCUCAAGAGCAUCAGAACCCCUAGAGAGUGACAACAGAAUCUCCAAGUUGAACAGGAGGGAAUGGAGCAUCAGCAAGUCUCAAGUGUUAUCUGCAAGAGAAGUUGACAAAGAUGGAGUUACACCUCCGGACAGGCCACAACGUCCAAAAAGCCUUCAGUUAGGAGACCGUCGGAUGACCUUAUCAUUAUUUCAAGGUCCUCCUUCUCAACUUAAUAUGGCCCCUCCGGUGGGCCCUCAUUCUGUGACUUUACAGUCUCUAAGGAGCUCCAGUUUUUCAUCUCUAAACAGUGAUAGUGAGAUAGUCUAUGAUGUGCAAGCUACUCCACCCCCCAUGCCCCCUAAGAAUGGAAUUCAGAGAAAUUCUUCUGAGAUUGUUCCUCCACUGCCAGUUAAAGGAGAGUCCAGACCCCCUAAUCCUCCUCCUAAAGUCAGGAGAUGAAUGAUCUCUUGGAAGAAGCAACACACAUCUGAGAAAGGUGGAGCUAAGUACACCUCUUUGAAGAAUGAUGGUGGCGUUUGUCUGGAAGUAUAACAAACAGAGGUGAACACCCAGGGCCCAGCGCCCCCACUAUGAGAGACAACAGGGAGUUCAAUGAGCACGGCCAUUCAAGUAUCUAAAUGUCUCUAAACUCUGGUGAUGUUUCUGAUGUCGUAUGGCUCUUGAAGAGCUCAACUGUAAUGUCACCAACUCCACAAUCACUCAUUUGGCUCAUUCUCUAUAAUGUGUUUUAGCGUGUGAAUGUGAUACAUUUAUUGUACAGUGUAUGGUAUUUAUUGUAAUAACCAUUCAUUCUUAAGAAACAGCUAAAAAUACUGAACAUUUUUUCUCCAAAUCCUUUUCAUAGAGCUUGUUGCUUUUAACAAAGGAAAAUACUAUUUGUACUGUAUUUCUUAGUUUUUUUGUACAGAGUAAUAUUAAUGUGGCAAUGAUGUAUCUGCUGUUUCAUAAUGUCAGACAAUGAUUAUUUAUUUAUUUUUUAAGCAAUUGCUUGAGGUGGAAUAUGGUCCAAUCGUUGGCAUAGUUUUCACUCUUUUAACCAUGUGUGAGAUAUUAACUCUAUAUUUAUUUUAUUAAAACCUACUUUAAAGAUGCCCAAUAUCAGAAAGUAUACAAUAUAUAUUCACAAACCACACACACUCUCAUUGCUACUAACAGUAUAUGAAUGUAAUUGAUGGAAUAGUUUUUGUCAUCAGUGAAUACUAAUAUGGUUAACACAGAAUUCUACAUAAAGCAAUAUUAAAGUCUCAGAGUGAUUCUAAGAGCAGAUUGUAGGUACUAGUCUGUCAUAUAUGUUUGGACUAGACAUUCUGAUUUCAUGCAAGUAACAUCCCACUCGGUAGUUGCUUUUAAUUGUAUUUUUGAGAGAAAAUUGUACAUAAGAGUCAUAAAAUAUAAGGCAAUGGCUUGUAAAUAUUCAUUUUAUGCUUCCCAAUGUAUAUCAUUGCACUCCCUAUUUUGUAAUAUCCAGUGCAUAACACUGGUCUGAUUGACUUUUUUUAAAUUUAUUACAUUAUAUGAAUAGCUUUUAAUGCAUUCUGGGCCCAUGUAUCGUGCAGUGAUGAUGAACCACAUUUAUUUCACUUUGUCAUUACCAUUUAUUUUUACUUGUAAGUUUUCAUUAUGCUUCAGUGGUACUGUAUUGCUUAGGUUCAUUCCGAAAAGCCUAAUGGAAUGAAAUUAAAACAUGUGAGCGCAUGACUUCUCGAAGGACGAGUAUAAAUAAGAACAAAAUUGAGAAUGGAAGAACAAAUGAAUGUGGAUUACUGGAAAAAAUGAACUUGUCAUGCAAAGAUAGAUAUCUAUUGCCCAUUCAUUUUAGUCACUCUUCUUAAAUAAAUGAUGGAUGAAUCUAAAAUUAUACAGACAUGGACAUUGCUAAGUGUACCAAAAAAAUAAAUUCAAAGCUACAACUGGGUACAGACAAGUGUAAAAGAAACUGCUUUCCUUCAGUGACUAAGGCUAUAGUCUGCAAUUAUAAAGUAUACGUGUUUAUGAAUCUGCAGGUCAUCUGUUUUUAUAUCUUUAAAUUUCUAACCUAUGUAUUCAGUAGAAGACAGCAAUACUUUUACAUCCAUCCAUUAUCCAACCUGCUAUAUCCUAACUACAGGGUCA